CAGCGGUGGCUGACCCACUCGUUGGAAGGUAAAUAAUUGUCCUCGUAGACGAUAUUAGUCACGGAUUUUUCGGGAGAAUGAAUUAUUCCGGAGAUAUCCGGCUGACGUUCCGCGAUCAAUUGACCUGUCUCGACGGUGAAAGCUUUAUGAAGGAGCUUUACGAGACGUCCGGAGGAUAUUUUCACAUGUCUAGAUGUUUGUUGAGGACAAUGGAGGAAUUAUUCUUGAGUGAGUGGAAGUGGAUAGGAGUGACGAUGAUCGACGUGCGAUCGUUACAAAGCCUUCAAGACGUAAUGGCGUCGGGGGACGGGGGAAAGUGAGUAAAAGUGGAUAGGAGUAAUGAUGAUCGACGUGUGAUCGCUACAAAAGUUUCAAGACGUAAUGGCGGUGGGGGAUCGGGGGAAAGCGAGUGGAAGUGGAUAAGAGUGACGAUGAUCGACGUGCGAUUGCUACAAAAGCUUCAAGACGUAAUGGCGUCGGGUGGACGGGGGAAAGAUCGGGAGCUCCUGACCAUUAAUGGACAAGUGGAACACCCGUUCGGGGACUAAUAAGACAUCCCCAGAUGACGUAUCAUCAUCCAGCGAUAUUCAACACUUCCCAUACAAAUGGCCAAGUCUCCAUGGAGUGUCAAUGCAGCCUCUGAGGGCGAACUUUGGCGAACAAACGAUGAAGUGAAGCUUGUCCGUGUGCGGCCAAGGUUUUCAACUGAAAUUCUAGAUCAAUACAUCCGGAACGUUUAUGUUCGUGAUAUAACGACGACUAGACACCAAGAGGAUGAGUUGGCGCGCCUGACUUCUCUUAACAAGGCCAAUCGAGGAGUUCGCUGAAGGGUCAAACGCUUGCGAGUACCACUGAGACUCGAUGGCGGGGUGUGUGACACACGGGCUCAGUCUGUUUCUACUUGUGCUUGGAAUUAGUGAGAGUCAUCAGCAGGCGAAGCCAUUUGUCUUCCCAGAGUAUCCGUACAAAGAGACUUCCAAAAACGAAUUACUAUUCCGCGAGUUCGAGCAAGCUUGCGAGGAGAGUGGAGCCUGCAAAACCCUCUCCCAACAGAGAAGCGCAGUGGCUAAGACCCGAUGUAUUCGCGAAUGCGUCUCGCCGUCUUGUUAUCGCGAAAUCUACCUCUUCGAUCAGUUGGAGGAGGGUGAAAUCGACGUGAGACUGAACUCAUUUAAGGGUUGUUUUAUGCAGCGCAACGGUCGCCCUCGGAAAUAACAAAGGAGCAACUUUUAUAAUUAAAAAAAAUAUGGUUCAAGGGUCCAAUUGAAAAUAUCAAAAAAGUAUUUCUAUUAAGGGAGAUGGGGAUAAAUUGAAAUAACGAGGCAAACAUAAUUCAGCAUUUUUUUUGUAGCUUUCAAUCAAGGGUCAAAUGGAUUUAAAGGUCAAACUUAAUUCUAAACCUUCCUGAGGGUUUUCUGAUCCGCAAAACCUUUUGAUAUUCAAUUUUGAAAAGGAUCUGAGGCACGCUGCCCUUUAAAGACAUUUGACACGAAGUUCUUGAUCUCUUUGAGGUCUAUUAGUCCUUAAAAUCAUUUGGAAUCGAACUUUAAACCUUUUUUAAAUGUCACUUGCCCCUUAAAACCAGUAGUAUCUUAUUUCAAAACCUCCUUAUGGGUCUCUCAACCGGUAAAACCCUUGAUUCUGCUUUUAAAGUCGUUCUAAAAUCAUUUGACCCUCGAAUUCACCUUCGUUGAGAGUCACUUGACCCUGGAGACCUUUAGAAUCUUGACUUAAAUUUUUGUUUACAGGUCAUCCCACCGUUAAGACUCUUAAUGAUAAAUUUUAACCAUUUCCAAGGUCUGUUGAGCCUCAACCUUCUUUGAGGGUUACUUGACCUUCACCUAAACCUGAAAAAAAAUUCUGAAUUAUCUUCAACGGCCAUUUUCCCAAUUUUCCCUUCGCCUCGCUCUUCUCCCUCCAAAAAAAUCCGUCAAUCUUCAGCUCAAGAAAAUUAUCUUCAAUGAA